AUGUGUCCUAAUUCUAUAAAUACAGAAUGUGUCCUGUGCAAUGAGGAAUCUGAAUCAUGCGCACACCUCUUCUUUGGAUGUCGGUAUUCAGAGAACGUUUGGAGGAACCUGGCUGGAGGUCUUAUGCAAGACAUGUUCACUACUGAUUGGAGUAACCUGAUAAGGAUUAUCUCGAAGCCUUGGCUAACGCCUAUCAAGACUUUCCUCCUCAGAUACACUCUACAGGCUGUGAUGCACACAAUUUGGUGGGAGAGGAAUGCUCGUAGGCAUGGGGAAGAUCCUAAAACCAUGGCUACUCUGACACAGCUUGUAGAUAAAAACAUAAGACUAAAGCUACUUGCAGUGAAAGGGAAGGGAAAUUAUUUAGAAGAAGGGCUGAUUACUUGGUUUGGGACAAGACUAGAUUUAUGA